AUGCAUUUCAAAGCCUGCCUCCAAGGUCCCAACGGCUCAAAGUGCUGGAAGACGUUUCGGGCAGAUCAGUUAACCUGGAACCGAAUUUUCUGGUUUGGAACGGUCAACUCAAUCCGAGACUUUCCAAAGAUCAGACUCUCAUUGACUGCUACUCGGAAUGCACAUGGUACCGAUACCUCCCAGUGGAUCAAUAGUCGGGCUCAACGUGUUGCACCCGUCGCUUCUGCCGCGGAAGCAAUUAAUGGUUCUAACCUAUCAGUAGCGCCCGCGGAUGACUGGCCAGGGAAUGUCUGCCGGAAUCCUGUGUCUCGUGCAUGCUGCUCACCUUCAUUACCCAUGAAUAUGCGUACGUCGCCCGGUAGCAGUUUCUCAAGUACGGCAGACGUUGCUAGGAAUAUCAAUUCUAGUUACUCAACAUCUUCCGCUCCUAUCAAUACCUGCUUGAAUGCUGAAGAUGAUGAUGUACCUUGGUCACCUACGAUGGCGCUGGACAUGCGCUUUGAUAUUGAAAUACCUCCAAGAAACGGUACAUCGGAAUCGGCAUCGAAUAUCCGUCAAUCCUUUCCGAGUAAUGGAACUCAAGUCUCAACUUCAAGCGAAAAAGACCUCCGCACUGCCAAUCAACAUCAUCAAAGUGAUGCCAUAUCUGAUGCAGAAACGAGCCCAAUCUUUCCCAAUAGCAGAACGCCAUAG